AUGAUCGAGACACCCACAGCUCAGUUGUUGGACCAUGUGGUGGUGUAUUCGCUGCAGUACCUUUUACUGUGGCCGUUUGUCAUGUCGGAAGUGCGCUACGUGAUGCUGGGUCGAAGGAGAUCUUCUUCUCACGGGUUUCUUUCAGUGUGCCUGGUAUUCACAACUCUGGCAGGCGCCUUUGUGGCGUCGUAUCGGUUGGUCAGGGAGCCGGAUAACUUGUGGCGCGAAGUAAUUGAGGCAGGUUCGAUGGUGGCCUUGCUCUUCCUUCAAAUAUGGACCAUUCGGUAUAAUGUGGAUCACGUCUAUCUGUUUUCUGUUUGGACGCUUCGCUUGCUUGCUUUAUCAAUGGACGUUGUCUUCGACCAUCCGGACGCGUACGAUAUCUGCCAUACAUUUGUGGCCGUCUUGUGGCUGUGCGAGUGCGCCUUCAAUUCGAUCAAAUUUGGGCUUCAGUCCUGCGUCGGUGAUGAAGUAUCACCGGAGCCAAAUCUCAUCCGUCGGUUGCUCUUUUCCUGGCUCGACCAAACUUAUAAAGAGGCACAUCGAGGAAGCUCAAAGUAUCGUGAAGGCAAACUGUUCGGAACGCUACGGGAAGACCGUAAAUGUGAGACUCUGCUGCAGUUGUACGGAAGAAGCACCAUGCAACAGGGCUACACGGCCGUUAGUAGCCGCUGCGAAAGUGCAAAUAUGAACUGCACUCAUCCAUUUACUAUCCGUAGACUGCUACUUCCAUUCCAAAAAGACAUCAUCAUGACCGCCUUGAAUCGGUUUUUACUGAUUUCGCUAUACUUUCUUUUCCCGUACCUGUUGAGAGCUCUACUUGAGGAAAAUCAAGCACGAAUCUAUCAGAAAUGGAUCGUCACCACGAUGUUCGCUGCUUCGAUGUUGAUUGCAUUGCUCAACAUGCAAUAUCAGCAUGCAACCCACGACAUAGGACUUCGUGUGCAGUCAAUCUUGAUGGGAGCGAUCUACCGAAGCAUGCUCAUAGAAGCUCCUGCCCCGGAGACAUCCAGUGCUAAGCUGACAACGGACACGGGAGUGUUCGUACCAUUUGUGCAGGAUCUUCAUAUGAUUUGGUCCGGACCGUUGAUCAUUGCUGUCACGUUUGGUGCUCUCUUCUUGGUCAUAGGGCUGAGCGGAAUCGUCGGGUUGUUCAUCAUGUUCGCGGUGAUUCUUCUCACGGAAUGGCUAGCGAAGAAGUUCUCACGCCAACAAGCAAAGGUUAUGCAGUGCAAAGAUGACCGUGUGAAGUUAACCACCGAUUCGAUCGAGCAGAUAAAGCAGAUCAAGUCCGAUCAGAUGGAAGAGUUCUUCGAGCAACGCAUCGGUGAACACCGGGGAAAUGAGCUUCGGUAUAUGCGCAGUAGUAUGUGGUAUGAUGCCCUCAAAUAUACGUUCAGCAUCGUUACUCCAAUGAUCGUGGCUUGCGGAACAUUCCUGUUUAUGUUCCUAAUAGGUAGUGGAUCGCUGCUUACAGUACAGUCUAUGUUUGUGGCGAUCGCACUGUUUAAUCUAACACGUUUUCCAAUGUCGCAGAUACCUAAUCUGUUAACUAGUUGGAAACUGACUGAAACUACGCUCAAUCGUAUAAACAGGGUAGUACGCACCAGUGUACAGGAAGAACCAGCGUCCUGUUUACAACACACAGAGCUGAAAACCAAGAGCCAAAAUGGCGGACUCGAAAAAUUGCAAGACGUAGUACACUCGUUGGUAGAUGAGCUGGAAGGCACGGUGCAGGAUAGCAGAGAUGAUAUCAUAAAGCUGGAGGCAGCAGAGUUUUCGAUUGGCGAUAAAGUUAUUCUUCGCGAUAUCAAUGUCAAAUUGCGAAAGGGUACUAUUACCGCUAUUACCGGAAUUCAUGGUGCGGGCAAGAGCACUCUUUUACGAGCCAUGAUUGGCACGGUAAAUAAGACAGCAGGAAAGGCCGUUAUGAGCGGGAAUCGAAUAGCAUACUGUUCCCAAACUCCGUGGAUCCAUAGUGGUACGAUACGAAGCAACAUCCUGUUUGGAGAGGAAUAUGAUCAGGCUCGUUACGAUGCCGUAAUUCACGCGUGCUGUCUCGAGGAGGAUUUUGCCUCAUUUACGGGUUUCGACGAACGUAUCGUAAACGAGGGCGGUCAUUCGCUCUCCGGUGGUCAAGCUAGACGUGUUUCGUUGGCUCGAGCGGUGUAUCGAUGUGCUGAUCUAUAUCUGUUCGAUGAUCCCCUACGAUCACUAGAUCCGAACGUAUCGCGAAAAGUAUUCGACAGAGUGUUCAACCGAUCUACAGGACUUCUCGCUGGCUGCACGUGUAUUUUUGUGUCUCAUGAGCCCGAGCAUUUGUCUGUAGCGGAAUCAAUCUUAGUGAUGUCCGGUGGUGUUAUAGAUAAUGUAUAUACAUCUUCCCAAGUUGAUGGCCAGUUGAUAGCAGGAUUAAAUCAAGAGGAAAAUCGUAACAAAUAUAUUGCAGAGUAUCGUCGAAAAUCGAAACGAUCAAAAGAGCCCGUCAGUAAAGGUGACGAUAGCAAACGUGACAAUGUUUCUAUGGAGCUGUAUGUCGCUUACGGAAAAGCACUGAAAUGGAAUUACUUCAGCGCCGUAGUUUUUCUAGAGGUGGUGGUUACCGUGCUGGACAUAGUUAUAACCGUUCUGUUAGCUCAGUGGGCCGCCAGUCAGAAAUGGACGCACGACAAACUUCUUGCCACCGGCCCGAUAGUUUUGGUUUGGUCAGCAUGCGUGUACUUAAAAACCGUGAUUUUGCAACUAGGUGGCCUUAGUUUGGCAAAGUCUAUUCAUACGCGUUUGAUAUCAACCAUCUUGCGACAACCAAUGACGUUUUUCGACAGUAACGAUUCCGGUGCCAUUGUAAACCGCUUUUCGAAUGAUCUCAACAUCUUGGAUGCGAGGAUCCUGACUAACGUUCGAGGAGUACUGAGCGCUUUGUUCAGCGUACUAGGGACGUUAGGGGUAUCCGUGUACAAGUUGUUUGAAGAGGUGCUGCUGUUUGCUCUGAUGGGGAUAUUUGCACUACUUUUAAUAUAUGGCCUUCAUCGUUUGCUGAGGUACCAUCUACAGGUUGCAAGAACGCUGAAACGCUUUGAGGCAAACUCGCGAUCUCCAAUCAUUUUACAGUACAACGAAACAAUUCAAGGAUUUGACACUAUUAAAGCGCAUGACGCAGAAGACCGGUUUCUUCGUCAGUUCCAGGAGCAGGUCGAUAAGUACCAGCAAUACGUCUAUUACAACAAUUCUACCAAUCGGUGGAUAGGCGUUCGUUUGGAGUUCAUCGGAGCGAUAGUGAUUUACUACGUGGCAUUGCUCACCGUUAGCUACCAGUCGAUGGUUGGAUUGGCAUUUGUUGGAAUCAUCAUCAGCUACGUCCUUCGUUUGAUACCUUCUCUCAACAAUCUGUUCCGGACGGCAGGCCUUCUGGAGGAGAAUAUUAUUUCCUUCGAGCGAAUAACGCAGUAUUUGAACCUUAGCUCUGAGAAGCUCAACCAAACGGGUGUCGACUUUCCUACAAUAGGACCUGAACGGCUACCGGUUCGAGGACCGAUAGAGUAUCGUGACGUGUCACUUACCCACGUCGAUGGUUCGACAGUUCUACACAAUAUCACGCUGACAAUCGGCGCCGGCGAGAAACUGGGUAUAGUCGGUCGAACAGGCUCGGGAAAGUCUAGCCUCAUCGGGACGCUUUUUCGGUUUUACCCCGAGCAGACCACGGGCAAUAUUCUUAUCUGUGGGGUCGAUCUAGAGAAAAUGUCACUCGAGAAACUACGUCGCUCGUUGACACUCGUCCCUCAAAGUUCACGGCUGUUUUCGGGACUAGUGCAGAGCUUCAUCGAUCCCUGGAAAAUCUAUUCGGUUGAUCGUCUGAACAGUACUCUACGUGAAUGUGGUCUUAGUGACAUAAGUUUAGGGGCAACUCUUCAGGAACUUUCCGAGGGUCAAUGUCAGUUGCUGUGCUUAGUACGAGGCCUGUUGCUUAGCCGAUCGAUCAUUAUCCUUGACGAGGCAACAUCAGCCUUGAAUAGUGAAACGGAGGAUCUCAUAUUGAAGUUGCUUCGCGAACAAUUUCAAGACCGUACCGUACUUAUGAUUGCGCACCAUCUCAACACGGUGGAGGCAUGUGAUCGUAUAUUGUGGCUACACGAAGGACUCAUAAGAAAGAUUGCGCCACUGAAAGAUUACACGGACGAGGAACGGAAUGAGCUAGGCUUUCGUGAUUAG